UUAAUAUUUAAAUAUAAAAUUGCUUUUUUAUUGUUAAAUUAGAAAUGUUAAACUGGAGGACAAAAAAGCCAUCUCAAAAUGUACACCCCAAGUACUCCGAUUUCCACGGAGAUCAUGAAAAUAGACAAAUGUACAGAGUCAUACGAUUUAAUGAUAAAGAACAAUUUAAGAAAAAAUCAAAUCAUGUCAUAACUGCCCACUACGGAAUUUUAUCAUUUGUACCAUUAUUUACCAUCGAACAAUUACUAAAAUUUUCCAACCAGUAUUUUUUAUUUAUAUCUAUACUGCAGCAAAUACCUGAUGCAUCUCCAGUUGGCAGAUUUACAACAAUAUUACCUUUAACUAUUAAGCUUGGAUUCUCGGCGAUUAAAUCAAUUAUUAAGGACYUAGAUUGGUUUAUAAAUAAUGACAUUGAUAUGUACCAAGAWGAAAGCAACAURCCUGCUAGGGUUAGAUCACAUAAUCUUAGUGUUGAGUUGGCCAAGGUAAAAUAUAUUUUUUCCGAUAAAACUGGAACUUUAACUAACAAUGUCAUGAUAUUAAAACAUUGUUCAAUUGCUGGAGAACUUUAUCCAGAAGGAUCACAAAACAAAAUGAUACAUUUAGAUGAACAAGCAUUAGUGAUUGGAUCACAACAAUUUGGAUUUACAUUUCACACUCGUUGUCCAACAUCAGUGACUAUUACUACAUUUAACGGAGAAGAGACUUAUGAAAUUUUAAAUGUAAUAGAGUUUACAAAUUAUAGGAAACGAAUGUCAGUUAUUGUUCGAAUGCCUGAUGGUCAAAUAAAAUUAUUUUGCAAAGGUGCAGAUACCAGCAUUAUUAAACGCCUAUCAAAAUCUGGGGAAAAGUAUAAACACCAAACCCUAAUGCACUUAAAUGAUUUUGCCUGUUCGGGUUAUCGAACAUUAUGUUUUGCAUAUAAGAAUGUUUCUGAAAGCUUUUAUAACAGCUGGAAAGAUGAAUAUCGCAAUGCAUCAACUGUGUUAUUAAACCGAGAAAGCGCCAAAAAUAAAGUUGCUGAAAAAAUAGAAAAUAAACUGACUUUGAUUGGAGUGACUGCAAUUGAAAAUAAAUUACAAGACAAUGUACCAAAAACUAUCCAAGCAUUAAUGUGUGCAUCAAUCAAAAUAUGGAUACUAACUGGAGAUAAAAAAGAAACAGCAUUAAAUCUUGGGUUGUCUACAACACUCAUUACACAAGAUAGCUCAAUAAUUAUGUUUAAUGAAACUAAUUUAACAGAUCUCAAGCAUUCUGUAAAUCAAAAAAUAUACCGUCUGGGCACUACAGUUGAAACAAUGAAUUAUACGUUGAUAAUAAGUGGACGAUUGAUGAAGCAUGCAUUGUCAAGCGACCUUAAAAUGAUAUUCCUCAAGUUGUGCUUAGACUGUAAGUCAGUCAUCUGUUACAGAAUAUCACCUUCACAAAAAUGUGAGAUUGUUGAUAUUGUAACAAAAUACACAAAUGAAGUAACCCUGGCUAUAAGUGAUGGAAUUAAUGAUGUGCCUAUGCUCCAUAAAGCUAGUAUUGGAGUGGGUGUAGUUGGAUUAGAUGGAUUACAGGCGUAUAAUGCUUCAGACUAUUCAAUUGCUCAAUUUGAUUAUUUAUUAAAAUUAUUGUUUGUGCACGGGGCAUGGAAUUAUGAAAAGAUUGCCAAAAUGAUUUACUUUUAUCACUAUAAAACCGUUGUUUUCAAUUCAUUACAAUUAUGGUUUGCCAUUUAUUCUGGGUGGUCUGCUGAAKUAUUAUUCGAUAGAUGGAAUAUUUUCAUGUAUAAAUCUCUAUUUACAGUUUCUCUACCAAUCGUAAUGGGACUAUUUCUAACAACAUGCUCAACGGAAAAGAGAUUAAAAUGUCCACAGUUGUACUAUCAAACCCAAAAAGUGUUUAAUUUUAAAAUGUUUUGGAUAUGGAUAGUUAACGCUCUAUUUCACUCAAUACUCUUAUUUUGGUUAUGCUUAUUUAUUAUGAAGCAUGAAGUUAUAUGGACUGAAGGGAGAGUAGGCGAUUAUUCAUUAUUUGGAAACGUCAUAUACACUUGUAUGUUGGUCAUUGUGUGUUUCAAGGCCGGCUUACAUAUUCAAUCAUGGUCUUUAAUCGUACACUUAGCUAUAUGGCUAUCAAUUCUAUCAUGGAUCUCAUUCAUAAUAGUUUAUAAUGAAUUAAAGAAGAUUUUAAUGCAUUUUACUGUGUUCAUCAAUGUAAAUGAAAUCAUAUUUAGAUCAUCAAUAUUUUGGAUUACAGUAAUAUUCACAGCAAGUGUAGUUCUAUUACUUGAUAUUGUAGUUAUAACAAUUCACCGGACUCUAAGUAAUGUUAAAAUUAUUAAGAAA